GAGUUAUUUUGAAAAAAUAAUCACAAUUUUUUUGUAAUUUUAGCACAAUUUCGUCGAUGCAAAUGAACGCACCCUUCCUGGGAAUUUCUUUCGUCGAAUUGGAGACUGGCAACAUGCUCGAGGUGACGCCUGGGACCGCAAGUUUCAUAACCAAAAUCCAGAAUAAGGGUAAGCAACCAGCACCUGCAGCUCCAACUGAAGGCCCAACUACAUCUGUUUCAACGAAUUCCAAUGCAAACGCUCGUCCAGCACCUACAGCUCCAACAAGUUUCACUGCAAGCGCUCAACCUCCAACCAUAGAAUCGAUGUUCAAUCCUGAAAACAUUCCAUUACCUUCAGGCUUCAAUCCAGCACCUCCUCCAAGAAGAAACCCAUUGCCUCCUACAUCUGAUCCAAUAAUUCCUACAGGAGGUCCUUACUUCCCAACCAAUUAUAACCCAGGAUCACCUCCUACUGGAGGUCCUUACUUCCCAACCAAUUAUAACCCAGGAUCACCUCCUACUGGAGGUCCUUACUUCCCAACCAAUUAUAACCCAGGAUCACCUCCUACUGGAGGUCCUUACUUCCCAACCAAUUAUAACCCAGGAUCACCUCCUACUGGAGGUGUUUCUGGAGGUGUUACUGGAGGUGUUACUGGAGGUGUUUCUGGAGGUGUUACUGGAGGUGUUUCUGGAGGUGUUUACUUCCCAACUUCUUUGAGACCAACUGUUCCAAGAGACCUUCCAACUACUAGAAGCACUAAAUCCAGUGCUGGGAAACUGGUGUUCAUUGACAACCAAGGAAAGUCUACGGAGCUGUCUCCUGAACAGAUCGUUGAUAUUGGAAAGUACUUUGAUCAGUUGUUGAAAGGUUCUAAUUGA